AUGGCUCAGUCUCACGAGAAUCUAGCAGCUAAGAUUCAAGCUGAUGUUGAGAACCCACUACGGCAAUAUCCUACCACGAGUCGUGAGCUUCAGCAGAUGGGCAAUGUCUCAGGCAAUCUAUCCGCCAUCGCAAAAGAGCUAGCGAACGCGCAGAAAAAGGCACAAAAGCUGGACGCGAAGGGCGGAAGUAAAGCUGAGGAUGCAAAGUCCAGCGUUGACGAUGCGACCUCACAAUGGGAGUCUCAGGCACCUUUCGUGUUUGAGCAACUGCAAGCUCUGGAUGAAGCCCGAGUGAAUCAUCUCCGGGACGUCCUUACACAAUUUCAAACACAUGAGCUUGAUGCGAUUGAGCGAGGAAGAGUCAGUGCCGAGUCCUGUUUGAACGCCUUGCUCAACGUGGAAACGGCCGAUGAGAUCAAGACUUUUGCAACUCGAGCUAAGAGCCAGACUGGAUCUGCUACAGCUCGUCGGGAAUCGACGCUUGGACCUUCAAGGCCAGCAGGAACAAACAUACCACCUACACCGCCCCCUCCAAGAAGUAUGGAUCAUCGUGGCAGCGCGGCUUCCACUCAAGAUCAUUUAGCCCCUUUGCCUGAAGCCCCGAGGGAGAAGAAAUUGAGCGGCUUGAAAAGGUUGGGAACAGUCAUGGGUAGAAGGAAAAAUGCUGCUCCACCCCCACCUCCAUCGGCUGAAAAGAAGAAGGAAAGAACACGAUCAUUUGUACCUUUUCGACGUCAAGAGUCCUCCCGCAGCUUUUCUGACCUUGAGACUACUGGUCAGGACUUGACCCAAACUGCAUCACGAGAUGAUCGAGCUAGCAGCCGGCACGAUAGCGAAAGACCUCCGCAGACACAAGAGAGCCUGAUAACUGACACGUCAAGUCCGGCACCAACAAAUGGUGUCAACACGAGGCAUGCCGAAAGGGAAGCACCACUUCCACAGAUAGCUGUCUUACAGCCCCAGAAUGCAGAGCUACCUGCUAUAUCUCCUUCUUCGCCAACAGUUGAGGCUAACAGACGUAGCUUCCAGCCAGAUCCUUUUGCUCAAACCUCAGACGUCACCUCGCCUGCGGAAGAGUCAGCACGAAAUUUCGAAAUCAAGGAUCAGCCCAUACCAGAAGAUGCAAGUGCUGCUCAGCUAGCCAUGAACAACAUUCAGAAUCAGCUUCGUAUGCAGGCUCAAACAUCUGGCUUGAAUAGGAAUCAGGCCAGCGUACGAGGAAGACGCGAUGUGAGGAAUACAAUGUUCUUCCCUGGUCAGCAACCUGGACUCCCCUCUCCAGCCACUCCGGAUCUAGGAUCUCCCUCUACACCAGCAUCGACCCUGACUAUGCCAACCACAGCUACCAGCAGCACACCCGCCACUACAGCAACGGAUACACCCUCGGAUGUCUUGACUCCGAUCAAGCGCUCACUAGGAAGUGGUACAAUUCCCGAAGACGCUUCGCAUGCUGUCUCAGACUCCCAAUCAAUCCAUUCUGCCCAUAGUAUGGCAGGACUAGCUCACCACACAGAUUUGCACGAGUCUGGGUUGAACGCCUCGCUGGUAGAAACAGUCAAUACCUGGUUCUCCGAUGAAGGAGUGACCAGGUCUUUCGUCGUCGGUGAGGUUGCACUAGCUUACAAUCGCACUGAGACAACAAGCAGCAGUCAAGAAGUUGUCCGAUUACAGAAUUUCCAUCAGCUCGAGAAAUGUGCCCAGAACCCUCAAUUUGUGACGACAUCAUCAGGCGACCAUCAGCCAGGCACGUACAACGUCGCCCUAUCCUCAAUUUCGAGGUCGAUGCCGACAAUCGCAUUCAAAUAUCAAUUACAUAUGAAUGAGGCAAACUUGAGCGCGGCUUCUCCUUUACUUGUCACUCAAGCGUGGCAAAUCAUUGAAGGUCAAGCCAGUGUCAUCCUUCUGUACAGUCUAAACCCAGCUUUCGGAGCUGUAGCUAUUUCAGGCACUUCGCCCAUACCACCUCCCCAGGAGUUAAUCCUCAAGAACGUCAACAUCACGGUGAAUCUGGAUGUAAAAUCAACAACAGGCGAAACGUCUGCACCAAAAGCAGUUGGGGCGCAGAUGAUGCCGGUACAACACGCACAAUUCAAGAAGCGGUCCAGCUCUGUGGUCUGGAAAUUUCCUGAACUCCUUGUCAAGCCUACACAAGAACGACUGCUGGUUAGGUUCAUGGUUGAGAACAACGGUCUUGCAAAAAGAGGUGGGGUUGAUGUCAAGUUUGAGGCUCACAAUAUGCUUGCUUCCGCUCUUGGUGUCGAAAGACUGGCCAGUGGUGGAGAAGCAGCAACGCCUGCUGCAGAUCCUUUCGCUGACGAGGUUGAGGCAAGAAAGAGUGCGGAAGGAGGACAGAGAUGGGAGGAUGUGCAGAGUAGGAAAGUGCUUGUUAGUGGGAAAUAUAGUGCUAUGUAG